AUUAAUGUGAUAAAUGUAUUGAAUCGGCUAAAGGAUGCUCAUACGGGGUUAUCUAGUGAUUGCUAUAGCAACUUUAUCUUUGUUCAAGGAAUGGAUCUAUACUCCACCGUCGAUUCUAGGGGAGAACAGUCUAUCAAAGUUUGGAAAGACUUUGUUGACGACACGAAUUCUGAUUGUGAUGUACUACAAAUCGAUGGUUUACCCGCACUACAAGCUAUUAAACAGUACGCUGAUAAAGAAAUUGGACUUGUACGAGACAUUGGAGUCCGUUUCAAUGUGGCGCUUACUUCUCUCUCAGCAGAUGGGACAUCAGAAUUUUCUAAUUAUUUUAGUCGACGCCAGUAUUUACCGCCGACCGAUGAAAUUUCUUACACAUUAAAGUGUAAAGGAUCAAAAAAGACUGUUAAACGAACAUGGACAGCCUGUGGAAUAAGUAGUUCUAUAGAGUCUGUAACCGAUCCCGAAACAUACUGGAACAAGAAUUGUUUACCAGCCUUUUCUAAUACACGACAGCUAUAUUACCGAAAAAUUUCGACAACAUUAAAAACGCAAAAACGACCAACCUCCCCAACAACAGACAACAUCUGCAGAAUAAUUGGUCAAGAUGAAGUAUUAUUAAAUAAAGCUCAAUUACUUAUUAACCUAGAUUCAGUAGGGUUCUACCAUUUGAAGAAAAAGAAGAAGAUCGGCGUAUUGACAAUGUCUUCAGUGAGGUUUGGCAACCUUAUGCCAGGCUUCCAAAAAUUUAUUGAUAAAGGCGUGAAAAAGGUUAUUCUUGAUCUGACCAAUAACGAUGGUGGUUACAUAAUUGGUGCACACUACUUUAACAAUCUUCUCUUCCCUCAAACUGACCCUUAUUUUGAAACCGAUUUUAGGGUCAGUGAACUCAUGCGAUUGAGCAUCCAAAAAUCAAGCAGUUCAGAUUUUAUAACGUACCCCGGCAUUUGGGUUGAUCCACAAACAAAGAAACCAUUUAAGGAUGCCACAAAAUUCAUUGGAAAUAACAUAUAUACUCGCGGUGGAGUAUCAGGGAGUUAUACUUCGCGUUUCAUUGGUCCGAAAGGGCCUUCGUCCAAAAUAAACCUCCCAUGGAAGGCGGAAGACUAUGUUAUCCUAACGAAUGGAUUUUGUGGAUCAUCAUGCUCAUUCAUCGCCACCCACCUUGCCGAGGAAAACAAUGUUGCCACCGUUUCCGUAGGCGGUCUUUUCAAUACCCCGAUGGCAUAUGCGUCCUUCACCGGCGGACAAGAAUAUCAGUUAAAUUCUAUCAUAAGAGAACUAGAAAGGCUUGGUCUCAGUAACAAUCCCCUUGCCCCAAGUCAUUUGCCAAUAAGUGCGGGCCUAAAUUUUGUUAUCAGAGAGGCAUAUAGCAGGUCGGAUCCAAAUGAGGUGUUAGAGUUUUUAUAUCGACCGGCAACAAAGCGGUUAUACUAUGAUAGUAAAAGCGCACGAGAUCCGAGUGAGUUAUGGGCACAAGUUGCGGACAUGUUGUAG